AUGGUUGGCAAAAGCAGCUCGUCCGGGUUUGCAGGCUUUAUUAACUCUUUUCAGCUCUGAAAUGCACCAAUCAGCUCUUUUUCAAGCUAUAUUAAUGCUGUGUGUGGAUCAGGGCACGCUUGCUUAUGGUCAUGCGAUUUGUCUCAUUAUUGAAGCGAGUCUUCUUAUUUAUCCUGCAAUUCAUGCAGCAAAGGCUGCGUUAGAGCCAUAAAUUGCAAUAUUUGUGACGAUUCAUUAUGCUUAAUAUGUGCUGGCUUUGGAGCAGGAAAAUGCACCCAAUGUGUUUCUAAUGCAAUUGGAACUCCAUGCACAUGCAUUGCAGGAUAUAUGACCUCUUUUGAUGGGUCUUCCUGUGUAGCAUGCUCGAACGGGUGCUCGCAUUGCACAGAUACAGCUUAUAACACAUGUAGCGCUUGCAAUAAGGGGUUUUAUUUUUUUCCUCCAACUAGACAAUGCUUAAAUAGCUGCCCAUCUGGGUAUAGCGCUUUCCCGAGGAUGGCGCGGAAUGGCGCCAUCCUCGGGAAAGCGCUAUAUAACACAGGGAUAAAUACUUGUGAUUACUCAGUAGAUUAUGGAAUUAACCUUGAUUUAACUGAUAAGAUCAGUCUUAAUACUGUUUCUGGGUUUAAUGUAGGCUGAGACGUCGCCAAUACUUAUCCUUACUUUACUGAUGUCAAUCACCCAAUUCCUUCUUACAAGCGAGGCUAUUAUUUUGAAGCAAACAGCUAUCUGUUGUCGUCAGUUGUGAUUGCGCCAGCCUUUACAAUUUCUAUAUGAGUAAAAUCAAUUGUGAAUGGGAUUAUUUUGUCAAAACACCUUUCCAGUCCAAUUCUUACAAUUUCUAUAGACACUUCAGGACAUCCAUCUUUAUUAAUAACCUUUUCUGACUCCUCAUCAGCCGCCUUAUCUACUUCUACUAGCAUAUUUAACAGCUGACAUUUUUUAAGUUUUACAGGACAAAUCCAAAGUAACGGCAAAACGCUUCUAAAUCUUUAUAUUAAUACUACACCUAUAAAUUCUUAUACAACUACAACUUCAAUAUGCUUUGAAGACCUCUUAGGAGAAAUUUAUGUUGGAAACGACCAACCAUUAGGCUUUGCUGGGUUUGAAGGAUUUUUAUCUAGAAUCAUGAUAUAUAACUCUUAUAGCCACCAGGCUGAUGAUUAUAAAGUUUCUUCAUGCAGCUCUGGGUGUUCUGCUUGUCCAUCAAAUUUUCAAUGCUUAAGCGAAUGCGCCUUUAAUUCAUAUCCAGAUAGCUGCAGUUCUUGCUUACCAGGUUGUAAUAAAGGAUGUGUUGAUAAUUUAUCAUGCAGCCUUUGCAGAGAUAAAGAAUGUCCGGCUUGUGAUAAUUUUACAGGGGAAUGCGCCAGCUGUAUUGCAAAUGCUGCUAAAGUAAAUGGACAUUGUAAAUGUGUUGCUGGAGCUGGGUGGAUUUUGAGUUCACAAACCUGCGAGUUUUGUCAUUCUAUUUGUGAUAAUUGCUCUACAGUUCAAUUUGAUGGCUGUCUUACUUGUAUAUCAGGGUAUUAUCUUAUUCAAUCGUUAUGCAUGCCAUUUUGCCCUACUGGAUAUGUUAUAAAUGGCAGCAAUUGUGAUAGAGCUCCUGGUUAUGCGAAUUAUUUAGUGUUUAAUCUGAUGCCUCAUCAAAUAAAAGACAUUGUGACAGAUUUAGCAUCAAGUAUUCCAGUCCUUACAGGCAAAGAUAAUAAUUUUUAUCCAAAUUAUGAUACAACUGAUCCUAUAGCUACUAUUUAUAGAGGAUAUUAUUUUACUGGGUCAUCUUAUAUGCAGCUACCCCCCUACACAGGCACUUCAUCACCGUUGUUUACUUUUUCUCCAAAGUUUGUGAUGACAACCUGAAUAAAGCCAAUAUCAAGUACUGGAACUAUUUUUUCUAACUUCUCAAGCAAAAAAAUAUAUAUUUUUUUAAAAGCAAACGAUGCAUAAUCUAAUUUAUUUUCGAAGCAAAUUUAUAGCACUUUUAAAAAUCUUUCAUUUAUUGCUUUUUCAGCAUUAAAUAUCUACAAACAACAGAAAAAUACAGAAAUAUACCAAAGGAGAAAGGGCAAAUCAGCGGUGGGACAUUUAAAAAAUAUGUCAGUUUUGAGCUCAUAGGAAAAAUGCCAUCUCUAGCUUUGACCCUAAAAGGUUCAACUAUCAUAGCCUAUGCAAGCUCCAAUCCACUAUUAGAAGUAACUCUUUUACAAUGGAGUUUUCUUUUCGUAGAAUCUAGUAUAAGUGGAACUCCACCUCAGCAAAUCAUUACCUUACAAACAAACUCAAAUUCAGAUUUUUCAAGCAGCUUGCCUUCCAGCUGAUUUAUUGAUUUGCAGAAUUCAUUUUUAAUUUCAAUUGGAGUUAGCUACCUAGAUGCUUCCACACUUACAUCAUUUUUCAACGGUUUCUUAUGGGAUCUUAAAAUAUAUAAUGAUAUUCCAUCAAGUGCUUUAGUUUCAAGUACUUGCAAUACUUGCUCAUUAUGCCCAAUUGAUAAUGCUAAUACUUGUCUGGAUAGCUGCUUAAUAGACAGUUAUUGGAAUGGUAACAGCUGCUUGGCCUGCUUAACUGGAUGUUCAAGUAAAGGCUGUGUAAGAAAGGAUUUAAAUUGUAACCUUUGCCAAGAUGUCAUAUGUGAAAAAUGCAACGACUAUACAAGUACUUGUAAUAAAUGCAAAACAAAUGCAAGCUUAGUAGGGACAAGCUGCCAAUGCAAUUCUGGGUAUUAUUGGAAUGAUAGCAACGAAAGUUGUGAGCUAUGUGAUAUUUCAUGCAAAUCAUGCACGUCUCCUAAUUGGUAUGAUUGCUUGGCGUGCUAUAGUGGGUAUUAUAAGGUUUUAGGAAGUUGCACAUCAAGCUGUCCAUCAGGCUAUACUUCUUCAUCUGCAGGUGUGUGCAUAAUUUCUCAAGAAAAAAUAUUUGAUUUAAAUUUGAAUACUUUGAAUGGAGUAGUUUAUGAUAAAGCUAGUUUGAUUCCAGUUGUAACUGGAUCAACCAAAGAAUUUUAUCCAGACUAUGAAGCUGAUGACCCUAUCCCUGCUUACCUAAGAGGAUUCUAUUUUAAUGGAGAAUCUUCACUUUUAAGGAUGCCAGAGUACUCAACCUAUAAUUCGCCAAAGCUUGUUAUAGUCCCUUCCUUCACUAUUUCUAUAUAG